AUGGCUUCAACUACCUCGUCCCCGGCCGUGAACGCCACUAUGUCUCAACCCCCCUUCGAGAAACCCUCUGCGCCUCCCAUCAAUAUCCUGCCUUCGCAGCUGGCUCGAAUCUACUCCCUCGUGCAUCCCACCCUCCUCUUAGCAUUGGCAGCCUCGCGCUUCGAAGCAGUGGUCGCCAACCCUACUCGGGAAUUAUUGAACAAUCUGCCAUGGCUGGCACUGUUGCAACUCUUCUACGUGGUCCUCUGUGUCCCACCAGCUGGCUCCCUCGAAACCACUAGCUCCGGCGAUAACGAAGAGAAGAAGAAGGCUUCUCCUCGCUCCCCUACAGCUCCUCGUCCUGGAAAAUCGGGUCAUCGCCGGAAGCAAGCUUCUGGGAAGAAUGUCUGGGCUGGUCUUUGGGCCAGAUUGAUGUUAUUGAUCCAGCCCGCGCUCCUGUCCGUCACUCUCACAACCUUCAUCGCGACUCCCGUCCUGGCCGCUCUCCUGGUCUUGUUCGGCGCUCCCCUGACAACACACAACGCGGAGACCGUGCUCUGCGCUGCCCACAUGGCAUUCCUUUCUGCCUCUGGGCUAGUUUACGCUCACGGUGUUGACGGCUUGGUGUGGAAGGAGGUCUGGGGAAUCGCCCGACCUGCGGAUGCAGUUUGGGGUGGCGCCCUGGGUACCGGACUUGGUGCUUGGUUCGGCGCCAUCCCGAUCCCUCUGGACUGGGAUCGUCCCUGGCAAGCUUUCCCUAUUACCAUCCUUGCCGGUGCAUACAUCGGUUACGCAGCUGGGUCGUUGAUUUCGCGGACCCCGUUCCUAUAUGGCAAGCGAGUUCAAUUUGCACCGGAGGCAAUCGAAGAGGAUGAGAAGAAGACCAACUGA